CGGUACCGAACCAACAGGGACAGCAGUCAGGCGCUGGCGAUGAGGAACUUAGCGAGAUGAAGAUGUACUUUCGUAAGAAGAUGCAAAGACAGAAGAUGGAGGACGAGAGAGUCGAAAAGGAAAGGGAAGAACAGAAGAGGAAGAUAGCAGAUGAGAAGAAGGAAGCAGAUAGAUUAAGAGAAGCGGAAGCACGAGAAGCACGGCUGGAAGCAAGACUAGUGAGACUGGUUAGCCAACACUCGAAAACUGUGCACAGCACGACCACGCCGGUGAUAAAGAAGAAAUCACCUAGGACGAAGGCCCGGAUGCUGAGGGAAAUAUGUAGUUAUAUUGAUGAGUCUGAAGAUGAGAGCGAAGAAGUGAGACACGAAGCAGGAAGGCUUGUUGAUGCAAUAGAAAGGAGGAAGGGUAAGCGGAGAGAAGGGGAAGAGAAGGCCAUGUCGACAACUCGGGUGGGAGCGACGAAAGCCACGCCGGUCAUUGAAGAGAUUCAGGAAGAGAUGCACACACCGCAUAAAGAGACCCAUGCUGGGGAUGGAGUGAAUGGAGGGAUGCUGGAAUUCGUCUUAGAGAUGCACAAGAAGCUUUCAGCAAAGAAAGCUCCUGAACUACGCAAAAUAUGCAAUGAGGAAGGAAUUGAAUGGACCAGGAAGGAUGCUGCGGUGAGUGAAAUCGUACGGUGCAGGGCGAAAUUGAUUUUUGGAGAAGGGAGCGUCUCGGAUCACGUCUCACCGCUAUCUCGGAGGAUUAGACAACUGUAUCGAAAGAGGCCAACGGAGCUCAUAGCUCUGUUCAAAACGGCCAACACAUUUGAAAGGAAGAGUACGCGGAACUUACUGAAAAUCAGGAUCACACGGGUCGUUAAGGCGGUGUUUGGCACGAAAAUCAGAAGCAAGCCGAUUAUCAAACUGCCAUUUUCCACGGGGAUUAACCCCCGAGGAGUGAGAGAUGUGGUUACGAAGAUUCUGGAGCAGAGGAUAAGGGAACCAAGUCUGGCAAAAUAUGUGUCAGCAAGGAUCCGAGUCGUGUUCAGGAAAAGGUUCACAGUGGGGCAGGUGAUCCAUAACCAGCGCGUAUGCGCCGGCGCAUCUGCAGUCACCUGUACAUGUAAAGGAAUAGAUCUUCCCCGAUAUCAAGGACACGUAAAAGUGAGGUUGGACGACAUACCCAGAACUCCUAACUUCGUGAUGAACUCGAGGAAUGUGACCUGCGGGGAAGAUGCUACCCGGGAUGAAGUGCGAGUAUGUGUGAAGGAAGGAGUAAGAAAAUGGGUCAGGAGUAGGGAUCUCGAAGUUAACGGGAUGGAUGUGGCAGCAUGUUUUAGAGAAAACAAAGCACGUGUGAAUCAGGCGAUGACGGUUCAGGAAGUAAGGCGAUGGUUUCGAAGUUUGGAACACCUUAUUGUUGUGUCGUUAGAUCGCAAUCCCGGGGCGACGCUGAUCGUAUGUCCGGUUCUCUAUCUGGAAGCGUGUGAAGCCACGUUCAAUCACAGCCCCAGCUUCUACGUUAUUCGAGAGUCCGAGGAAGGAAUCUUGAAGACGAUGAAGGAAGAAUAUGAAGAGAGAGGACUGACGAAGAUAGGAGGCUGGGGGAAGGGAGGGAAGGUAGGACAGGCAUAUGUAAUCCCGAAGGAUAAAGAUACGGAAAGAUGGAGACCGAUAUCUCCUGCAAACAAAGAUCCGGCAAGACUAGGGGGGUCGAGGGUGGGGAGAGCUGUAAGGUACAUGCUCUUAGGAAUUGGAGAGAGCAAGCACUUUGAUCUGCGAUGUACCGAUGAGUUGUGUAUGAAGGCGGCACUGAUACAAAGAGAGUUGAGGAGAAUGGGGGAUUUUGCGAUAGCUAGGAGUUAUGACAUUAAAGAUAUUUUUGCUAGACUAUCGCGUAGCAGUAUAAUCGAGGCUGUUAGAUGGGUGAUAGAUUUUCACAAAGAAAGGGGAAUGAUAGGGGUAAGAGUGAGCAUAAGACGGAGGCUGUGUAUGAUGGCCCGAAACCGAAAGAGGACCGAGGGAUUCAUCCUGAUAGACUUUGAUCUGUUGAUAAGCGCCAUACAAUUUGAAUUGGACAAUACAUUCAUAAGAUGCGCCGGGGAAUUCCUGAGGCAGAUAUUUGGUAUUCCGAUGGGGAGGAAUUCCAGUCCGGCAUUGGCGUGCCUUGUGUGUGCACGGUCCGAAGCUGUGUUUCUUGAAACGCUGGGAUCCGAUCGAAGACUGGUCCAGGGAAUAAGGAUGGUCGAUGAUGUGACCGUGAUAGUGGCAUGUAGAGAAGAGAGGGAAAGAUCGGUAUUAGUGCGGAAUGUAUCCUCGAUCUAUUUGAGAACUGUUACGAUGGAAAUCUGUGUCUGGUACGUAAGGACAGGGGCAGUAAUGUGUUCGAAUUUCUUGGAACGAAGAUGAUGGUUGAACCAUCACCCAUUACGAUACACAUCUUCUCGCGAACCAGAAAUCAAGAGCAAUUGACUAA